CCCUCCUUCCCUCACAGCAGCCUACCAGGCAGCAAUUACGCUUUGGGGAUAAAACGAGGCGCAGAGAGCAGGCUGGGGCAGUCCUCCCCGAGAUGGCGGGUCUGACAGCGGUAGUCCCGCAGCCUGGCGUCUUGCUGAUCCUCUUGCUCAACCUCCUCCAUCCCGCGCAGCCUGGAGGGGUUCCAGGAGCUGUGCCUGGCGGACUUCCUGGUGGAGUUCCCGGUGGAGUCUAUUAUCCAGGGGCUGGUAUUGGAGGCCUGGGAGGAGGAGGAGGAGCUCUGGGACCUGGAGGAAAACCACCUAAGCCAGGUGCCGGACUUCUGGGAACGUUUGGAGCAGGUCCUGGAGGACUUGGAGGUGCUGGCCCGGGGGCAGGUCUCGGGGCCUUUCCUGCAGGCACCUUCCCAGGGGCAGGAGCUCUGGUGCCCGGGGGAGCAGCAGGGGCUGCUGCGGCUUAUAAAGCUGCCGCCAAAGCUGGAGCUGGGCUUGGUGGCAUUGGCGGAGUUCCAGGUGGUGUUGGCGUUGGCGGAGUUCCAGGUGGUGUUGGCGUUGGUGGAGUCCCUGGUGGUGUUGGAGUUGGCGGAGUCCCUGGUGGUGUUGGAGUUGGCGGAGUCCCUGGCGGUGUUGGUGGUGGUAUUGGUGGCAUCGGUGGCUUAGGAGUCUCGACAGGUGCUGUGGUGCCCCAAGUCGGAGCUGGCAUCGGAGCUGGAGGAAAGCCUGGGAAAGUUCCUGGUGUUGGUCUUCCAGGUGUAUACCCAGGCGGAGUGCUCCCAGGAACAGGAGCUCGGUUCCCUGGUGUGGGGGUGCUCCCUGGAGUUCCCACUGGCACAGGAGUCAAAGCCAAGGCUCCAGGUGGAGGUGGUGCUUUUGCUGGAAUCCCAGGGGUCGGACCCUUUGGGGGUCAGCAGCCUGGUGUCCCACUGGGUUAUCCCAUCAAAGCACCAAAGCUGCCAGGUGGCUACGGACUGCCCUAUACCAACGGGAAAUUGCCCUAUGGAGUCGCUGGUGCGGGGGGCAAGGCUGGCUACCCAACAGGGACAGGGGUCGGAUCCCAGGCGGCGGCAGCAGCAGCUAAAGCAGCCAAGUAUGCAGGUGCUGGGGGAGCUGGAGUCCUCCCUGGUGUUGGAGGGGGUGGCAUUCCUGGUGGUGCUGGCGCAAUUCCUGGGAUUGGAGGCAUUGCAGGCGCUGGAACUCCUGCAGCAGCUGCUGCUGCAAAGGCUGCUGCUAAGGCUGCUAAGUAUGGAGCUGCUGGAGGUUUAGUGCCUGGUGGACCAGGAGUUAGGCUCCCAGGUGCUGGAAUCCCAGGUGUUGGUGGCAUUCCUGGUGUUGGUGGCAUUCCUGGUGUUGGUGGCAUCCCAGGUGUUGGGGGCCCUGGUAUUGGAGGUCCAGGCAUUGUGGGUGGACCAGGAGCUGUGUCACCAGCUGCAGCUGCUAAAGCUGCUGCCAAAGCUGCCAAAUACGGAGCCAGAGGUGGAGUUGGCAUCCCGACAUAUGGGGUUGGUGCUGGUGGCUUUCCUGGCUAUGGUGUUGGAGCUGGAGCCGGACUUGGAGGUGCAAGCCCAGCUGCUGCUGCUGCCGCCGCCAAAGCUGCCAAGUAUGGUGCUGGAGGAGCUGGAACCCUGGGAGGCCUGGUGCCAGGUGCAGUACCAGGUGCACUGCCAGGUGCAGUACCAGGUGUGCCGGGAGCUGGUGGAGUGCCAGGAGCAGGUACCCCUGCAGCUGCAGCUGCCGCCGCCGCCGCUAAAGCAGCUGCCAAAGCAGGUUUGGGCCCUGGUGUUGGUGGGAUUCCCGGUGGAGUUGGUGUUGGUGGGAUUCCCGGUGGAGUUGGUGUUGGAGGGGUUCCUGGUGGAGUCGGCCCUGGUGGUGUUACUGGUAUUGGAGCUGGUCCUGGCGGUCUUGGAGGAGCAGGGUCACCGGCUGCCGCUAAAUCUGCUGCUAAGGCAGCUGCCAAAGCCCAGUACAGAGCUGCCGCUGGGCUUGGAGCUGGUGUCCCCGGAUUUGGGGCUGGUGCUGGUGUCCCCGGAUUUGGGACUGGUGCUGGUGUCCCUGGAUUUGGGGCUGGUGCUGGUGUCCCUGGAUUUGGAGCUGGAGCAGUACCUGGAUCCCUGGCUGCAUCCAAAGCUGCUAAAUAUGGAGCAGCAGGUGGCCUUGGUGGCCCUGGAGGUCUCGGUGGACCUGGAGGACUUGGUGGGGCUGGUGUUCCCGGUGGAGUAGCAGGAGCUGCACCCCCUGCUGCUGCCGCUGCUGCUGCCAAAGCUGCUGCUAAGGCUGCCCAGUAUGGCCUUGGUGGAGCCGGAGGAUUGGGAGCCGGUGGACUGGGGGCCGGUGGACUGGGAGCCGGUGGACUGGGAGCUGGUGGACUGGGAGCCGGUGGACUGGGAGCCGGUGGACUGGGAGCUGGUGUAGGUGUGUCCCCUGCUGCAGCUGCUAAGGCAGCCAAAUAUGGUGCUGCUGGCCUUGGAGGUGUCCUAGGAGCCAGGCCAUUCCCAGGUGGAGGAGUUGCAGCAAGACCUGGCUUUGGACUUUCUCCUAUUUAUCCAGGUGGUGGUGCUGGGGGCCUGGGAGUUGGUGGAAAACCACCGAAGCCCUAUGGAGGAGCCCUUGGAGCCCUGGGAUACCAAGGUGGGGGCUGCUUUGGGAAAUCCUGUGGCCGGAAGAGAAAGUGAUCUUCUGGGGACCCCUGACUCGCGACCUCAUCAACGUUGGUGCUACUGCUUGGUGGAGAAUGUAAACCUUCUAUGACCACCCCCUCCUCCAUCCCCCUGACCCCCACCUGGGAGGGGACAACAGGCCAGUGGCCUUGGAAACCCACAGGACAAGGAAAUCAGACAGCAGCAGCCAUGCAGCCCUAACCAGAAACUCCCCCCACCCUACAUCAGAGGCCAGGGCGGGUGUCCCAUCUCUUCCCACCCAGGAGCUCCCCCCCACAGUCUCCAUCUCCAAGGGAAAUUGGUGCUACAUGUUGGUGCUUCUUCUUUGUGGGGGGAGGGAGGAGGGAAGGGUAUCCCAGGGGGGAUUGCCCCCUUCCCUGAAGCCCCUCUAUUAAGAUGGUGCACACCUUUGUUGGGCAGUCCCACCUCCCCCUGCCCACCAGGAGCCAUUCCUGGCUGCAUCCCAUUGGUACCCAAAUACCGGAAGCCUUGACGAUGGAUUUGGUGACAUGAUCCCUCUCUCUUUGGGUCCCCUUGUCCCUGCCUCCUGUUACCAAUAGCUACUUCCCGCAUCUGGGACACCCUGGAGUCAGAUGGCUCCUCACACUGGGAAUAGCUCCCUUGUUCUUAUGGAAUCCACCUGCCAACCACCUAUCCACCUACUCAUCCAUCCAUCCAUCCAUCCAUCCAUCCAUCUAUCCAUCCAUCCAUCCAUCUGUCCAUCCUGACUGCCUGGUGCCAUUAAGCUGGCUGGGCAUACCCACUCUCAACCUGGUUCACCUGUCAUGGCAGCCUGUCCUCGUCCCCACCACACACCCCGAUGCUGGCCUAGGGUGCAAAGGGUUGUGUGGGCUGGUUGUCCCCACAUGCAGUACUGUAACCCCGUUCUUCCUGGAGCCACUCUUACAGAGCAUGUCUCACCACCCCACCUCUUUGUGUUUCGCUGUGAUAGAUCAAUAAAAUAUUUUAUUUUUUGUCCUGGA